GUCAGAGUCCACAGUCCUAACUCGGCCUCGGGCUGCGAUAGAUCGUAUCUCUUACGCGGCUCUUCCCGAUACCGCCGCGGUAACCAUCAAUCAUUCAAGUUCUCGCAGUCGGAGUUUUCGCGCGAGAGAACACGACCGCGCAAUCGACUUUCUUCCUCUCCUUCUGCGACGAACCCGAUCACGGCCGAUCUCGCGAGUGAUCGAACGACCUUCGAGCAUAAUACAGCGUGAAAAGAAAUUCUCCCGCGGAUGAUCAUCACCCUCGGUAAAUCUACAUCGUCUAUCUAUUCUAAGGAAAAUUCUUCUUUUCUCUCGUCGCUGUUUCGAUUUCUCCGCCGAUUGUCGAUCGCGCGGAAGUGAACGCGGAGGGCGGAUUACCGCGAUCGCGUUCGCAAGAGAAAACACACACCGGGAUAUUGUUACGGGAGAUGCCCUCGAAAUCACGGUGUUGCCGAGAUCACGUCUGAUCAAUCGAGUUAUAAAUCAGAUCGAAAGAUGCGGGCAGCACCGCCUUUGCUGUCGUUCCUGCUGAUUCUUCUCCAUCACUCGGGAUGGACCCACGGAUUGUGCCACCUGACCAAGGCGGACAGCGACGUCUUGUACAAGGACGCGCAAUGCGAUCAGCUGAAGGAUUUCGAGAAGAUCGAGACGUACGACCGGAUCGUAAGCCUGAAGGCUCCGGGCGCACAGGACGUGUUAGUCCCGGACUUCUUCAGCAACCUGACCGAUCUUAAACACCUCGAUCUGUCCGGCGGCGAUCUACGAACGAUCAGAUCCGGAAGUUUUCGAGGAUUGAGUAACCUCAGAAGUCUCAAUCUCACCGAUAACCGCAUCGAGUACUUGGAACUUGGCUCGGUCGAGGGUUUGACUCAUUUACGUAGUCUGAAACUGCGGAAGAACGCUAUCCGGCAACUGCCAGCCGCGUUAGCGCGCUUGAAGAACCUCAAACAUCUGGAUAUUCACGACAAUCCGCUCGAGUGUAACUGCGCCACUCUGAACGUGCGAGAUCUUCUGAUCAGAAAAAAAAACGUGUCGUUCAAGAACGUCUUGUGCGCGAAUCCCGCCCACAUGAAGGACACGUUGAUAACAACGUGGAACGCGACGGUCAUCUGCAAUUUUGAGAGGCAGGAUCGGGAGAUGCAGAACGAUCAGCCGGAAGGGUCCGGGACGGAUCCGGGAUUCGACGAUAUACCGGAUGAUCUGAGCGAAGAAGAGGACGAAGACGACGAAUACAAGGAGGUCAGCAACAGCUUGCCGGAGAAGCCGAAAGAGCUCGAAAUCGAAACGCCUUUUCCAACAUCGGUGGAAACCACGUCGGCAUCUCCCGUAAUCGUGUCUACUGCCUCGACGAAAGAGACGAGCGUUUCCACAGAGGAGACUACCGACACAACGGUGAAUUCCUUGCAGAGUACCGGCGACGACGGAGAGAUCUUCUUCGACAACGAGGACAAGAAGGAACAAGCGACCACGACCGAGAUGUCGCAAAACAAAAUCAAGGACAGCCUGUUUUAUCCGUCGGAGGGCUCUGCCGACGGGGACGAAGGUUCCGGCGAAGGAUCGGGAAUCUGGAGACUUGGAGACGACGAGGAGAAGACUGUGAAGGAGAGCACAAGUGGCGAUUCGCUGGAAACUAGUUUCUUGGAUUUAAUUUUCGGCAAUUGGGGUGGCACAAGUACUCCGAUUCCAUCGGAGACCAAGGAUCCGGAUCUUGAAGAAGAACAGUUUAUAAACGUGUCGUCCACCACCGAGGAAACGAUUGCCGAAUCCUCCAGUAGAGUCACCACCGAUGCGACGACAUCUAUCUCGAUCACCAACGGCGUGGAAGUGUUGCAAUCCGGCUCGGGCGACAAGUCCAGAUCGGGCAACGUCAAGGCCGAGGUGAAUAGUCUGAACGACGAGAACGCCGCGGUGUCCACGUCCAAACAGUCCAAGAAAGGUAUGGGCUCGUACAUCGUCUUGGCGAUUCUGCUGGCGGUUGUGGCGGCGCUGAUCGGCAUCGCCGCUUACAGGGGUGACAUAUGCCGGAAGAAGAGGAAACGCAGCGACGUGGAAAACGGAACCGAGCUGAAGGACAUGCAGAAGUCUCUACUUCCGGACGGGAAUUCGACGCAGCCCAAGAUCGCUUCCAACGGUAACGCCGAGAGCAUUCCUCUUGUAGACGGUGCUCCCGACGGCGACGAUGCGAAGAUCGACAAGAUCCGGAGCAACGAUCGUCAAACGCAAGAUGCGCCGCAGCAAUCUGUCAACGGCACCGCCGAUCAUUCGGAUCCCGUGAAGCCACCCAGAAAACAGAUCGCUUCGCAAGACGAAAGCGUGGUUAACCGUCCACGCGUUCUGGAUAUAAAUUCCUUGAGGGAGAAUUUUCUGGCGGACAUGACGAGCCCUACUCACCCUUCCGAGUCAUCGAUAGCGACGAACAACGAGCCGAACGGUCCGCCCCUCAGUCCAGGUGCUCAGAGAGUGAAGAUCACCUUGCAAGAAAAUCCUGACAGUGUGCCAAAGACGCCGAUACUCAUCACGCGAACGAUAGCCGGUGAGAAUCUAGUCAAGACGUCAUGAGGGCACUGAGGAGGAAUCACAACGUGAGAUAACGAACAUCGAUCGACUGACUUUAUAUGUUCGUUCGUCGAAUAAAAAUCGAAUAUUUGCGAGAAGAAAAAGAAAGAGAGAGAGAGAGAGAGAGAAACAAAGAGAGAGAUAAACAUUAAAGAACGCAUAAUAAUUUGUAAGAAAAACGUAAGAUGUGUAAACGUUAUUAUUGAGCGUUCGCAUAUUAAUGAUGUGACGAGAGAGACACCAAUUGUUUUCGGCAAAAAACUGAAGAAAAACGUAUGUCGACAUUAGACGACAGUAUAUAUUGGUGUAACACACCUCGGGUCGCUUUGUUGAACAAUCGAAUCCACGAAAUGCUAUGUGUAUAUAUUUGCUAACUCUACGCUGCGUGGGAUGUUUUUGACGAUAUCGCGCGCUUUUUUCGUGUGAACGUCAUCGCGUUUCGUAACAUUUCUCCGUUCAGUGUUUCACAUUUCGGCAAUAAAAAUUCAACUUUAAAUUGCAAAUAUUUCAGCAAAAUCAUCAAUUUUUGUAUUUUUUUUCUUUUUAAAGAAAUAAAUUACAAAAUAUAUUUUUUUAAUUUGAUUUUAAUUUCCGAUGUGAUAAAAUUUUGUCGACUCUUAUGCUACAUUGAAGCGAGAUUUUGCGUCGAUUUCCUUCACGAGAUUGAAAACGAGAAGAAACAGCGCGCGAUACUCGCUGGAACAUCCUGUGCGCGUUAAAAAUUCCGCGAGUGUGGAGGGUAAUACACUAUACGUACGCGUUCGAGAUUAACACUAUAGCACACUAGUCAGUCUUCCUAACGGAUCUCGCACGUCCUGCGAGCGCCAUGGACGAGAAGAGGAUCUCGGGGGGAAUUCUGUAUCUCUGACGUUCGCGCGUGAUGAUCGCAUUGCGAGGGAUCCUCGAAAUUAUAGAUUUCAGGAUCAACGAUGACGGUAUACGAGACAAGAUAGUUAAUAAAACUUUAAGAGGGAGCACACAUUCCACAUUUGAUUCUGCCAUAUAAUUUUCCGUUUUCCUUUUCUACGAAAAACCUGUGCGCGAGGAGAGAUUUUACCUAUUACGCAUAUCUUUACGGCCUUACGCCGUCCUUCUUUUCAAACUGUUUGCCAACGCGCGCGUAUCUUGUAGUUUUAGCGCGACGCGCGCUUUAGGUUUACAUACAUACGUCGCCGCCGUCUAUUAUUGCGUUCAGACUCAAAGAAUUUGUAAUUCAAUGAGAAGUUUGCCACUUAUGGAUAACGACCUUUAUUUUGAUUUGUUAUGCAAAGUUAUACACAUCGGGCGAGAGCGAACGAUUUGACACGAAACGUGUCGUUCACGACAUCACGAAAAAUUAAUACGUAAAAAAAUUAUUCUGUGUUAUCAUGUUAUUCCCCUUAUCUGGAGCGAGCGCGAUCCUCUCCGAUAAUGCGUUCGUCGUUAGGUGCGCCGAAGCAACACCGACUCGAAUUUGUCUUUUCUUGCGCGUUAAACACAUUUAUUCGCGUUGUGUUAACAAGACGGCGCGGAUCAAUGUGCGAGAUUUUACGUCGAAAGAAGAGAGACGAGCACUCCUCGUGCAUAUGCGUACCGAGGCAACAACGAACGUUUGAUCAUCGCGUUGAUUAUCAGUCGACACGUCAUUACAUGCCGGAGUAUGUGCGCGGAGUGACAAGGCGCCGCGUUAUCAUAUAAUCGACUACUAUACCGCGUUACGAUUUCUUUUUAAGCCAAAUGUGUACGGAUGUUGUAUGCAACAUACAUAUAUAUAUAUAUAUAUAUAUAUAUAUAUGUAUGAUUUUAAUUUUAAGAUAAGCGCGCGCAAUCCCGUUAGAUGUAUCGAUCUUGCGUCACGACGGCGCGCGUCGUCGGUUUGAGGAAAAGGCGACGAAAUAAACAAGCGGUUAAGAUUGAAAGACUUUAUUUAUAUGUUCAGUCUUUGAUCAAUAAAAGAGUGUUAUUUUUUGUUGA